GGCGCUGUUUCCCUUUAGUCCCUGCCUUGCGGCUGAGAAGGAAGGAAGGAAGGAAGGAAGGAAGGGAAGGCUGCGCCCAGGAGGAAGGAGCGCGGCUCCAGAGAAGGGCGCUGAAGCCAGUUUUGUAGAUUGGGGAGUCCCUGAACACUCCACCUACAUGACUGCUAAGGAACUGGAAGAACACCCUGUUCACCACAAUCUCUAUUAUCUUAUUUUGUCAAUGACUGUUGAGGAAAGGAUCUUUGGAUGGACUCUUUGUGAAAGAUUAAUAUCUCUUUAAAGCCUGACUCAUACAAUGGGAAAAUGGAACCAACCAAAGACAUAGCAGGAAGACUGUGUGGGCUCUGCUUCUCAGAUACCAGUGUUUUGCACUAUGAUGGCAUGCAACGAGACUCCUCCAGGGAUUUUUGUUGCCCUGAAUACAAGUCUCCAACUUCCAGGCUCCAAUUACAGAGACCUGCCAACUCCACUACGGAUACUCCUGGCCAUAAUAAUGCUAUUAAUGAUUGCUGUCGGAUUCUUAGGCAAUGCCAUUGUCUGCUUGAUUGUCUACCAAAAACCAGCUAUGCGUUCAGCUAUCAACCUGCUUUUAGCUACUCUGGCUUUCUCUGAUAUCAUGCUGUCUUUGUUCUGCAUGCCUUUUACUGCAGUCACCAUCAUUACAGUGAACUGGAACUUCGGGGCGCACUUUUGCCGAAUAUCAGGUAUGCUCUACUGGUUCUUUGUCUUGGAAGGUGUAGCUAUACUCUUGAUCAUUAGCGUGGACCGAUUCCUGAUCAUUGUCCAGCAUCAAGACAAGCUGAACCCCCACCGUGCCAAAGUCAUGAUUGCAAUUUCUUGGGCCUUUUCUUUCUGUGUAUCUUUCCCUUCAGUGGUUGGGUGGACAUUUGUAGAAGUCCCAAGCCGGGCUCCCCAGUGUGUCUUGGGGUACACUGAACUUCCUGCAGACAGAGCUUAUGCCGUGAUGUUGCUUGUGACCAUUUUCUUUGUCCCUUUCAGCAUCAUGUUAUAUUCUUACCUUUGCAUUUUGAAUACUGUCCGGCGGAAUACCGUUCGGAUCCACAAUCACACUGAGAAUGUCUGCUUGAGUCAGGUGAGCAAGCUGGGCCUUGUGGUACUCCCAAAGGCUCACCAGAUGAAUGUGGACAUGAGCUUCAAAACCCGAGCCUUCACUACCAUUCUCAUCCUUUUUGUUGGCUUCUCCCUCUGCUGGUUGCCGCACACAGUCUUCAGCCUAAUGUCUGUGUUCAGCAGACAGUUCUACUACGGCCCUUCUUUCUACAUCACUAGCACCUGUGUGUUGUGGCUCAGUUACCUCAAGUCAGUGUUCAAUCCUGUCAUCUACUGUUGGAGGAUCAAGAAGUUCCGCGAGGCCUGUCUGGAUUUUCUGCCAAAAACAUUUAAACUCUUUCCCAAAGUGCCUGGCCGGACAAAGAGGAGAGUAAGACCAAGCACAAUAUAUGUCUGCAGCGAGAACCAGUCUGCUGUUUAGAAAUGCACCAGAAUGAGUUCAUAGCCAGGAAGAAGACAAAAAGUGUUUGAAAUCAGGAGUUAUUUAUUCAACAGCCACUGCUUUUAUUGCACCAUUUUUUGUUGUUUUAUUGUACUAAAUAAAGCCCACCUGACAUCUGUGUAACAGUACUAACAUUGCACCUGCUAUUACAGUUUCAGCACGAGAAUGACCAAAGUAUUAAUUUAUUACAUAUACUGUUAAUGAUGGUGACAAUGGUGACAGGGGAAUCGCUUUGGGUAAUUAGGAAUGUGUAAUCAAUAAUUAUGUAUGUAUGACUACUUUGUAUUAAUAAUACCUACUUCUCUCAUUUAGGGGAUACAGUGGGCCCUUGAUUUCUGCUGGGGUUUGGUUCCACGACUCCUCAUAAAUAUCAAAAUCCAUAGUAGUUCAAAUACCAUUAUAUACAAUGGCAUAGUAAAAUUGGGCCCAUUAUAUAAAAUGGCAAACUGUUCAAAUGAGUGCCAGAAAGAGCCCAGUAUUCUCUAAAAUGGCAAAAUGCUACAGCAGGGUAUGCCUACUCAUCCGCAUAGUGAUCGGCACACAGCAAAAUCAAGGGUUGCUUUUUGGUUGUUUUUUAGGGGGGGGGGGGGGUUGGGGUUUGUUUGUUUUUUUUGAAUUAUGGUUAGUUGGGUCUAUGGAUGCAGAACCUUUAGAUAUGAAGGGCCAACUUAUGUUGGGACCAUUAAAGUCCUCCUAUUUUUACUUGCCAGUCAGAAGCUACUGUGUUCAAUGAGCAUCUGUUUCAGUCACUCAGGAAAUGGCUGGCUGUCAUUGUCACAUCCCACUACCAUGCGAUUGAACUUUUUUUUUUUUUUUGCAAAGGGGGGAUUACAACAGACUUGUUUCUGCCUUUCCCACUGCAAAUCCCUCACAUGUGGGGAGUGUGAGUAUGCGAGCCACUUACUUCCCGAACAAAAGGGGAACUGGCCCUCCAAUAACAGCAGCAGUUGCCUACUAGUAAAUUAGCAGUAUAAGAUUUGUUAAGUAACUUCUUCAGCACUAAGUUACAGUUCAUCAUUGCACACAAAGAUGAUUCUCCAACCAAUGAAGCCUUUUAGAAGAAGACUACUGAAAUCAAUGGCAAUAACUACCAUGACCUCUCUUAUUUUCGUUUCCAUUAGAUGCUCUAUUUGCAACUCACGUAUGCUGGAUUACUCAUGCUAGGUGACAUUCUUUUCAGGCAUUCCACAGGAAACAAAUGUUUUGCAUGGCACAUGCUAUAUUUUGCAAUAUGAAAAUAAAUAAAAUAACCAAUAAAAAAUAUAACCAAAUAAAAUAUUGCCCUUCAACCAGGUGAUAAAUGUUAGCUUUCAGAAAAUAAUUUUAACUGUACACAUCCAAACCAGACUGUUGAUAAUGCAUACCAUAUCAUUUCUAUAAGAAAUUAAAAUAUCUGUUUGACACUU